CGAGGAAUGCCAAAUAAAUUCCAUAGAAUUAUUGCAAUAAACAAAAUAACUGAGAUAUUCUUAAAACUGUAAUACCAAACAAGUAUAACAUGUAUGUGAUGUCGUUUACAGUUAUCCGGUGCGAUCGUGACAGGUGAAUUAUCAACACCAACCGUGUAGUUGAUAAUGCGUGAAAUUCUUCGUAGCGUGGUAGAUUAUCAAUCAAUACCACAGGGAUGUUUAUUGAUUGGUUAUUGUAAAGGGGUAUAGCCGGGCCAUCUACGGUUUGCAUUGCAGUUCAAGUCUACCGUGUUCGCGUAUAAGGCCAACUAAGAGUUUAUAUCAGUGAAAACAAUUUUCUAUCAGCGAAAUCUUGUGUGGUUGUUAUUUAAUGUGGAAUUAACUGUGUAGGAAUCCUUAUUCAAGUUAACCCGUUCAUUGGAUUGCUAUGAGCCGUUGACAAAAUCGAUGCGUUAUAUAUACGAAAGUUAAUAUUACACACAAAAACAACAAACACACAAAAUAUAUAGAACAGAUAAAUUGAUGAAGAAUUGUGUCAAAUAGCUUAUAUCUUAGCGUACUGUAAGUUUAUACCUCUUCGAAAUGUGGCGUGUUGUUGUAAACAUGGAUUACUGAUACUCGACCUAUAAGCGUGAAUCUUGAAAAAUAGCAUUAAUGCCAUCAACGUCAGACAGCGUAAAAGUAGCGGUUCGCGUGCGGCCAUUCAACCAGCGAGAGAAGAAUGCCGGCUCGCAGUGCAUCAUCUCUAUGCAGGACAAGACGACUAACAUCAAGAACCCCGAGACCGGUGACAUCAAGUCGUUCUCAUACGACCACUCCUACUGGUCACAUGACGGCUUCAAGGAGACACCUAGUGGCGUGAGUGAACCGGACGGAAGUAACUAUGCGGAUCAGAAACGCCUGUUCUCUGACCUCGGUCAAGGCGUCCUUGACAACGCCUGGCAAGGCUACAACGCCGCGCUGUUCGCGUACGGACAGACCGGCUCGGGCAAGAGCUACUCCAUGAUCGGUUACGGCGCCAACAAGGGCAUCGUACCCAUCACCUGCGAGGAACUAUUCAAGGCCAUCGAUACGUCGUCUGAUAACAAGAAACAGCUAAGGGUGUUCUUCAGUAUGCUGGAGAUCUACAACGAGCAGGUUCGGGAUCUGAUCGUGAAGGAGAAGCCCCCACACGGCGGCCUCAAGAUCCGCCAGAACCCGAAGUCGGGCUUUUACGUGGAGGGACUCAAGCAAGUUCCGGUGCGCAGUUACAAGGAGAUCGAGAAGCUGAUGGAGAGCGGAACCAUCAACCGGACGACGGCCGCCACUAAUAUGAACGCCACCAGCAGUCGCUCGCACAUGGUCAUCACGAUACGCUUCGAGCAGGUGUUGGUGAACGAUGCGGGCCAGAGCAACACCCGCAGCAGCGACAUUAACCUUGUGGAUCUUGCGGGGUCCGAGAGGGCUGACUCCACAGGGGCCACGGGGGACAGGCUGAAGGAGGGAUCCGCAAUCAACCAGAGUCUCUCCACAUUGGGAAAUGUGAUCAGCGCCCUGGCGGACCAAGCCAUGGGCAAGACAAAGGUGCUGGUUCCCUAUAGGGACUCGGUGCUCACCAAGCUGCUGCAGUCGGCGUUGGGGGGCAACAGCAGGACCAUCAUGAUUGCUGCCCUAAGUCCGGCGGACAUAAACUACGACGAGACGUUAUCCACGCUUCGCUAUGCCGACAGAGCAAAGAAAAUCCAAAACAAAGCCACUGUGAACGAGAGCCCCACUGACCGGCUGAUCCGGGAACUUAAAGAAGAAAACGCCCGCUUGAUGGCGCUGCUCAAGAAGCAGGGAUCAGGGGACACAUCAGGGGAUGCAUUGUCUGACAACGAUAUCCAGCGGAUGUUGGAGGACAACCAGCGCAAGAUGACGGACAUGUCAAUGUCAUGGGAGCAGCGGCUCGAGCAGGCCAAACGCGAAUGGGAGCGCUCCAUUCAGCAGUCGGAGGCGCGAGAGGAAGACGCGGCCUUUAACCAUUUCCCGUACAUCAGCAACGUGAACGAGGACCCGCAACUCUCCGGCGUCAUCAAACACGUGUUCACCACCGGGUGUACGACCAUAGGGCGAGCUGGGCCGGGGGAAGGUGCAAUACAGCUGAGGGGUCUCGGUAUUCAACCCAAACACUGCGAGAUACGGACGGACGGUAAGAAGACCUUUAUCACGCCUUCCUCGAAAACAGCCGCCGUUUUCGUCAAUGGACUCAAGAUACACGAAAAGACGACACUGGCCCAUCAGGACCGCUUGAAAAUAGGGUCAGGAAGUUUGUUCCUGUAUAUCGGACACCCUUGUGAGCGGAAGGACACUGACGUCAGCAGUUUCGAUUUCGAUUUCUUCAUGACGGAACUUGCCGAGCACGAUGGUGUGUCCGUUGACAUAGCAACGCCGCGCGGGACUGAUCACGGAGUGGCCCAUGAUAUGGCCAACAGGAUGUUAUUUCAAGAAUUUGUAAAUUUGAUGCCGAAAAUUGCCGAAGCGAACGCCAUAAGCGACGAACUUAAGAGGUUCACAAAGUUCGAGCCCAUAGUGAGGAGCGAGUCUUGCCACGACCCAAAGGGGACGGCUCCAGGCAAGGAGGUCAUUGUGCGGGUCCUUAACACGAAAACCAAAAAGGUGUGGAUAUGGUCUACUAACAAGUUUUACAACCGGAAGGACUUGAUGGACGAGCUGUACCUGAAGACCCUCGACGGAGAACACGUGGUGCUCACACGGGACAAGGACCCCUUCUGGGACCCCGUUGAAGAUAUUUUCCUCGGCAGCUGCCACAUCAUGCUACAGAGCGUCAGCUACUGCGCGGAGAUAGACGAGCACUUCACCGUGCACAACUACCAUGGCAAGGAGGAGGCGGUGGUGCACGUGAUGCUGUUACCAUGUAACGAGAAGGGCGUGGUCAUCGAGGAUGACGUCAUCUUGGAGCCACGUGACCUGGUGGGCAAGUCGAUCAACGUCCUGUGCAAGAUCCCUCAGUGUAUGAGCGUACGCUGGAUCAGCGACGAUAACUCGCGUGGCGUCGAGUGCAGGUUCACGAUGCCGUACCACAAGCCCGCCAAGACCCGUGACGUCUGGCACAAGAGUUAUGUUGAGUUUGAGUUCAAGCAGCAGUACAGCUUUCGGCCCGUCACGCAGCAGAUACUAGAUUACCUGCAGACCAACUCUCUCGUGCUCGAACUCUGGGGAAAACAAGUGAGCGAAGAUCAGCAACUACAUCAGCAACUACAUCAGCCGAAUGGCAUUCUCAAUGGUGACUCUCACAUGGACGCGACUUCAGACGUGAUAGGACAGCUGAAGCAUCGAGAAAGCGAGCUGGAAACGCUGCGCACAGACUACGAGCAGGUGCGCAAGGACAACUUCCGGUUAAAGCAGUCGCUCAUGAAAUGCGAGGAAAAAGUGAAACUGCUUGAAACUAGAAGUACGUCGGCUCUCCAACGUAAGAACAGCCGGGAGCGGGCUCCUUCUGUGAAGGUCAGCCCGACCCACGGGCCACCACCAGCGGGUGCGGAGAGUGAAGGGCCCCACGGGGGUCUGGAUCUGGAGUUCGCCAAAGCCCUCAGAGACUUCUUCCGGGACGUAGAGACGUGCAGAACAAAAUGAAGGACAUGAGAGACUUUGUUUCAACCUCCAAGCAGUCGGUCGGUGUGAACGGUUUACGGAAGUCGUUUGAAGAUCACGAGCAGACGCUUGUGCAAGCAGACGAUCACCUCAACGACUGUUUGACGUCACUGAAGAAAAGUGCGGCAAACGCGUUACGCAAGUCAAGACCUAGCACAGACAAGUGAUAGACAACUAGUUUUAAAGUCAAAACAGUGAAAAUGUCGAAAAAUUUACAAAUCUGAGACGUUAUUUACUCGAUGAGAGGUCGGAGAGCAGCUAAAAGUUAUGUCUGCGAUUAAUUAAAAUGGGAAAUAUGGAUGCUUCUAACACGGGAUAUAGUGUAAAUAUGGUUUCUCACAAUUUAAAAGUUGCAAUCGCUCAUUUUGUUAAUACACAAUCUGAAAAUGAUGUGCUUAUGUGGUAUAUUUGUUUGUGAACAUAUUCAAGUUAAUAUCGUUUUAUGCCUUUCAUGUUACUUUUUAUUAUUUUGUCAGAAUUUAUAUCUUUAAUUUCUACAUUUGUAUCUCCAUGACCAUCAGAGUUUGAUAUUGAAUGUUGCCCUACCACACAGGUUAUCAAUUGCAAGUCAUAAUGUUUGUUGUUUCCAUUGAAAUACCCACAUGAAAGGGAAGGUCGGGCUUUUGGCGUUAUUUUUUAAUUAAGUCAUUUUCCACUGACGUAACGACGUUCAAUGAAAGAAUUCUUUAAAAUGUCUACGAUCGAUAAAACAAUUAAUCGGAAACCCAAACUGGAAAAUCCCGCCCAAAAUCUAGUGUCGGCACCAAAAUUGAGAUCGUCCGUGUGAGUAGAAUUGAACAACUGUUGUUUUUUUUACCGGCUUAUGCAAUCGCUUCUUAAUUUGAAAAUAUUUAAAAGCCAUUGUCCAGCAGAAUUUUAAUAAAAAUGUGUGUAUUUUCCA